AUGGACAGCGGCGUGGUCGGGUUCACUCUUUAUUUAUUUAUCGCUCUAUGUUUCGCCCAAAGUGACGAAAAAGACGCUAAAAUGAGGUUUUAUUCCAGUUCCUUCGAAGAUUAUGAAGAAUUACCAUUAAGCUCAUCCCAUGAAAUAAUAAACAGUUCCUGGUACAAUGCUACACGCAACACGGUUGUCUUUUGUCAUGGGUUUUCGGGUUUCCCCAAUGGCCCCGCUGUGCAAGGCGUAAUAAAGACGUAUUUGGGACAAGGCGAAAGUAACGUAGCACUUCUCAAUUGGGAGCAUUUGGCAGCGAACUCACUGUCCAGUAUUCCAAACUCUUAUAUCAACUGGGCCGCGCCUAAUGCCAGAAAGCUCGGUGUCCGCUUCGCUGAAACGGUCGGAAACCUUUCGGCUGUCGGCGUGGACUUAACCAAGCUGUAUUUAAUUGGACAUUCUCUCGGAGCACACGUCUUUGGAAUUGCGGGAAACAAUUUAAGACUUAAUGGAAUUCUUUUGCCCUGGAUUAUAGGCCUGGAUCCAGCCGCACUAGGAUUCGAAAAUAAAGCCCCGAUUUUACGACUGAACCCCGGUUCUGCGAAGGUUGUUACUGUCGUCCACUCGGAUCCGAGUAAAUACGGUAGCAGAGUGCAGCUUGGCACUGUGGACUUCUGGCCUAACUUUAGGAGCCUGGGGCCAGUGAGACAGCCUGGUUGCCAGGGACGAACGGCGCCCGUGUUUUCUCCUGCAGAUUUAUGCAAUCAUCACAGAAGCUGGGAGUUGUUUAUUGAUGCAAUAAAACAUCCAGAAACAAUUGUCGGAUCACACGCCAGAAACUUUAAAAUUUGGAAACGUUAUACGACUGAACAACGCGCUGAAACCAAGCUAUCACUUGAAACGCUCAACAAUAAUAUGAAACCAGGAAAUUAUUACCUAGUUACAAAUGCUGAGCCUCCGUUUGGUUUAGGCGUAAAUGAAUGUUUGGCUGUAAGCAUAGAGCGAAUAGAUGUCCCAUCAGCAGUAGAACUUGGUACAGAAUCUAUAGUUCUCGACUGUCAGUACAAAACGAGUAGUCCCCGACCGGCCGGUUUGGUGAUGAAGUGGUUCUUCAACGGGUCAUCUGGUCUUAUCUACCAAUGGAUUCCGCCACUUCGGCCACAAGUUAUCGGUCUUUUGAAGGGCAAAGUCGAUAUGAACUUCAGAAUUUCAGAUGAGCCCCUACAAGCGUACCGAGCGAUCAAAGUACUGAAGCCCUCCACGGACCUCAGCGGGAAUUACACGUGCGUCGUCUCCACGUUUAUUUACGAGGAUCGACAGACACGCUCCAUGGUCGUUUACAGUCCGGCCAAAACGUUUCGUUUCAUACAAGACAAGAAGUAUGUGUUUCUCGUAACGCUCAUCUGUUUUGCUCAAGACUUGUAUCCUAAGCCAAAUAUAUCAAUACUGUCGCAGGGAGAGCCGCUACAACAAGCUGUUUUGGAAAGUAAAAUGAAUUCCUGGGGGCUGUACACAGUUGCUUUGACCGCUGUUGUGCACGAUGACGAUAUCCUUACACCUUUUGAAGAAUUUGUUUGUCUACUGUCUCUACCUCUUACGAAUUAUACCAAAAAUCUUACAACUGUCUAUUAUCCUGGAUUAAUGCCUACCGCAUACAUAUCAGCGUAUGAAGUACAAAGACCUCAACAUCACCAAGCAAACGGUUUGUUUAAACAUACAAUAUGCACACCGAGCUCUAGACAACUAGAAAUAACUUAA